AUGUCAAAAGUAUCGAGGCAUUUGUCUCUACACUUCUCUACCAAAUAUUUCAAGGGUAUAACUCACGAGGAUAUAUUGAAUGGUUUACUGGAAAAAGUUGAAAACAAUGACAUUAAAGCUAUUCAAAUUACCGAAAGUGAUUGCAUAAUUACUCUUCGAGAUAGUCAGGUGAAGGAAAAUCUUCUUAUGUCGGAUUUAACGGUCAGAAACAGAAACAUCACUCUGAUUGAUGUAGAGAAACAAAUAACAAAUGUUACCAUUAAAGAUGCCCCAGUCGAACUAGACGAUUCCUUCAUCGUCACACACAUGAUGGUCUAUAGACAGGUAGUGUCAGGUUCAAUAAAACGAGGUACAAUUAAAAACACAAGUAUUGAAACCGGAACAAGAUACCUACAAAUCUUAAACUGUGUUUCGACUCUCCCCAAUCGAACACACUACGGAGAUCACGAAGUUCGAUUAUUUGCUGAUAACAAUAGAACACAGUGUCUAUAUUGUAAAAAUACCGAUCACCCGUCGUUUAAAUGCCCAAACAAACCUGAUCAAAAAGUAGUGUGCUUUAAAUGCAAUAAAUCAGGUCACAUAGCAUUUAACUGUCAAAACGACCCAGUGUGUCGAUACUGUAAACAAGAAGGUCACGACAAAGACGACUGUCAAAAACUUGCUGAAAAACUUGCCCUAAAAUAUGGAAAAUAUGCCUCCGAAAUUCUGGAAGGUAACGAAGCGAUGCAUGAUGAUGAAAGCGCUGAACAAAAUGGUGAAAAUGAUGAACCCAUCGACACAAUAUUCCUGCUAGAGACAAUGGCCACUUCUUCUUCCUGGGCACAAGAGCUGAUCACCUGUGACCUUUGUCCUAAGCCUACUCAGCAGUUCUGUAACAACUGUCAAGUCAGUUUGUGUUUGGACUGUGUCAGCAAACAUGUGGAUACAUUCAAGUCUCAAACACACGACAUUGUUCAUUUCACCAACAGGAAGAUACAACCAGUGUUUCCUGAGUGUAAGGUUCACUCCAACCAGAGAUGUGAGGCCCACUGCCAAAAGUGUGAUGUCCAUGUUUGUCUGAAAUGCAUUCUUAGUUCCCAUAGAGGACACAAUAUAGUAGAAAUGCAGGAGAUUUCCAAUGAACUGAAAAAUGAAAUUGAAAAAGAAAAUCAAGAAAUUGAAUCCAUUAUUCUUCCCAAAUACAUGACCAAAAUGAACAAUAUAGUCAGAAAAAUAUCCAUAUCAACAGCCAAAUUUGAUGAACUUGAAAAAGAAGCAGAAAAGCAAAGAAAACUAUGGCACAAAGAAGUGCAAAACAUCUUCAGCGAACUUAGAUCUUUGAUCAGGUCCAGCAGAUACAAAUAUCUCAGUUCUCUUAAAUCUCAUGAAUCCAAGUUAAAAAAUCUUAUUCUAGAUAUACUGCAAACUGUUGAACAAAACAAAGAAAUCUUGCAGACUAAUAGGGUGUCUGAAGUCAAAUACUACAAAUCCAAACUGGAGGAAUACAGAGACAUACCUGCUGAUAUUGAUGGCAAAAUCCCCCCAAUGAAUACAACAACUGUCCAAGGGAGAAAACUUAGCAUAAAAUUAGGAGAAUACAAGGCUACAUUAACACAGACUGCAUUACCAAGGCCAACAGAUGAAGUUCCCUAUUUAUCUACGAGAGAGUUAUUAGACAAAGCCAGAGUGAUAUCCACCAAAAAAUCUUUUUCUACCGAAUGUUUAAUCUGUCCUAAUGACAUCUCCGUGACCAGACAGGGAGACCUGUUCUACAGUAGUGAUAUCAAUCAAACUGUCAGUCAGUCAGAAGUAGAAAGGCAAGGCCAGAAGAGGAAAUCAUUUAUUCCUGGGAAGAUAGUGACAGAUUCAAUGAGUCACAUCAUUGUGGUGGAUGAUAUCAAUACGUGUCUACACAUUCUAGAUCAGAAUGGACAGUUCCUGAGAUGUAUGGAUAAUUAUGGAUUAGAGAGACCUUGUUGUGGGUAG